AUGGAUCCUCUUGUCUCAGUUAUCUUCUUUCUCUUCACUUUCUUGUCCAUCAAGUUUGCCUCUUCUGCUUCAGAACUCUCGUAUAACAACCACUGUAACUCUUUUGUCUCAUACUCAACACCUUCCAACAAAAGGGUGAACACUUUCCCUCUUGGUGAUACUCACAAUGGUUACUUCCAAGGAGGGAAGAAGAUCACUGGCCUUGGAAAUGGAAAAACAUGGAGCCAAUUCUCCUUUUACCUUCAACCAAGAAGAAUCCAAACAACUGAGGCCUCUCACUUAUUCAAACUUGAAGGCCUUGUUUCAUUCAGGAGCACUCUUACAUGGAACUUCACCUAUGUUCAAAGCCGAAGUCACCGGUGGAGGAGAAUUGGUCACGGCAGUGAUCUUGUAACCUCUUUUAAGCUUGAAGGGUUCUGGUCUGAAUCCUCAGGGAAGGUUUGCAUGGUUGGCAGAGGCACUUAUUUUUCCGAAAUAGGUGAAUCUAUUGGCCUUGAAGCUGUGUUUAAGCUUAACAAUGUGUUCAGUUCAAGUAAUAUCAGUAGCAUGGUCAUUGGAAAGUUGGAGAGCUUGAGUUCUGAGAAUGAUAAGAGUUACUUUGAACCAAUUUCUUUGUUCAUGUUUCCAAAAGAAGCAUACGACUAUACCUUAGAUUCCACAGAGGCAGAUAAAGAAUGCUCUUCUGGAAUUGAUGCUGCACAAGGUUUGUCAUUGGAUUCAAACUCCUUAAGUUUUUGCUCAAAUUCAAUCUCAAGAGCCAUUGCUAUGCUCCCAUUGGAGUACUCUGAUGAAUGCAAUUCUCCUAAGAAUUGCACUCCUAUUGAUGGCAGUUCUGGACAAUUGCCAACACUAAUGUCUUUGAAAGCCAUUCAGUGUUCUCAUUCUCAGAAGCAUAGGAUGAGGGUUCUUCUUGAAUUUUCAAAUAAUAGUUACUACUACUAUGGUAUGAACCAAGAAAAAAAUCCCCAAAACAUAUUAGUAGGUGAAGGGUGGUGGAAUAAGAAGAGCAAUGUUUUGUGUGUAGUAGCUUGCCAUAUCAAGGAAAUUUCAUCUUCCGUGGAUGGCGCUCGUGUUGACGAUUGCUCAGUGAGAUUAAGAUUGAGGUUCCCCUCGACUUGGUCGAUCAAAAACACUAGUAGCAUAGUUGGGGAAAUUUGGAGCAACAAGACUGCAAAUGAACAAGGCUACUUCAAGAGGAUCAAAUUCAGAAAUGAUGAACCUCAAUUGAUGGUGGUUGGUCAUGGCUUAGAGUAUAAGUACAGCCAACUAGAAAUAGCUAACAAAUCAUGCCACAACCAAAAACCUGUUAAAGGCCAGGGGAAAAGCUAUCCAGAGGCAUAUUCUUAUGAUAUGAGAUUUGAUAUGUCAGUUAAAGAGUCAAGAAAAAGAGUAGCUUGGGGUUAUUCAGCUCCUUUAUUUGUUGCUGAUCAAUUUUAUGAUUUGGGGAUGCCUAUGUUUUUGGAUUCUGUUUCAAGCUUCUCAGAUCCAGUUCCUCAUCCUGAUAUCCACAACAACAAUAAUGGUAGCUUGUUCAACAUUAGCUACAAGAUUAGCCUCACACCGCUGUCUUUCUCGGGGAUAGAUGACAAGAAUUCUUUCUUCAGUAAUAAGUCAUUUGAGACAGUGAAGCUCACUGCCGAAGGAAUUUAUGAUGCUCAAGGUGGAACCUUGUGUAUGGUAGGCUGCCGCAAAGUUUCCUUAAAAAAUGCUACAAAUACGUAUUCUUUGGACUGUGAGAUUAUGGUGAACUUUCAGUUUCCACCAUUAGGUACAACCGAUGGGAGGCGUAUCAGGGGAAGCAUCGAAAGCACGCGCAAAAAGUCGGAUCCUCUUUACUUCAAGCCUUUAGACCUAUCUGCAUCAACAAAUUACAUGAUAUCAUUAAGAAGGAAUGCUUGGAGAAUGGAUAUGGAGGUCAUCAUAGCACUGAUAUCCACCACUCUAGCAUGUGUUUUUGUUGGAUUGCAACUCUACCAUGUAAGGAGGAACCCUGAUGUGCUACCCUUCAUCUCAAUUAUGAUGAUGUCGAUUCUCACUUUUGGCUACAUGAUACCUCUUGUUCUGAACCUUGAAGCUCUUCUCAGCCAAAAUCCUAACAACAAAAACAUUGUAUAUGGCUUUGGUGGAUGGCUUGAAGUCAAUGAAAUCGCGGUGAGGCUAACAACCAUGAAAGGUCGAGCUCAAGCUUCUAUAUACGCCGGAGGGUACUACAACCGAGAACCUUCCUCUUGGGAAAACUUGAAGUCUUAUGGUGGUUUAGUAAUGGAUGGUUUUCUCUUGCCACAGAUAAUUUUGAACAUUUUCUCAAACAUAAAGAGGGCACAAAUUCUUUCAUGCUCAUUUUACAUUGGAACUACAUUUGUGAGAGUGUUGCCACAUGCCUAUGAUCUCUACAGGGCUCACAAUUAUGCUGAAGUAGAUGAUUUCGCAUACCUGUAUGCAGAUCCUGAUGCAGAUUUUUACUCAACUACUUGGGAUAUUGUGAUCCCUUUGGGGGGUAUCUUGUUUGCUAUCAUUGUAUACUUGCAGCAACGUUUUGAUGCUCUUUGUGUAAUGCCUCAGAGAUUCAAAGGGUCAUUUGCAUAUGAUAAGGUGCCUGCAGAAACUGAAUUAGAAGGAGAAGUACAAACAACAAACAUCUAA